AUGCACCCAUCAUUGUCCACAGCUUCCCCUACCUUUUCUCUUUCACCCACGCCUCACCAGCCACCUCAACCACUGCCGCACGUGUCACCGCUCACCGAGCUACAGUUGCAAGAGAUGACAUCACCAGGAGCACCUCCUCGAGCCUCUCAGCGCCGACCUACGUAUGACAUAUGUCAAGGUUUCUUGUGUCUGAAUCACCAUAAUUUCCGCGAGAUGUUUAAAGAAAAAUGUGACAGCAGUUUUCCACAGGCCAGCAGACUUGUACUCCACAGAGGAGCAGUCAAACCAACUGAGACUGCAUCUGGAAGAAGCCGGGUUUCAGCGAUGGAAAAGCGGAAAGGUAGGAGUCGGCAACUGAAGGAUACGGGCAGUGCAGUCACGGAGGACCUCACUUGGGACGAAGUGAACUGCUCCGUUCUCGGCACCAACAUUCGCCUCUUGUACUACAUGGGCCUGUGGCCGCUGGGGAGUUCCCGGGCUUAUCACGCUUACACGGCGUUCAGCCUCAGCUUCAGCGCAGCCGCCAUAUUGAUGAAGGUCGUCGGGGCGUGUUACAACCUGAGCGACAUCGACCAGGUGACGGGGGCGCUCAGCACCAUCCUCCCAAUGAGCGGCGGACUCGCCAACGGGCUGUUCCUCAUGAGGCGGCGGCCCGCCAUCUGCAGGAUGGUGCGCUCCAUCGACCGCCUGGUGGACCAACAGCGCCGGUACUUCGAGCGCGACGAGCGGAUGGCGGCCGUCGUGGGUGGCGCCCAGAGGAAGACCCUGCUGGUGACGCUCGCGGUCUCGGGCUACCUGUUCGCGAUCGCCGGCUACUGGAUCUUCAUCGCCUUCCUCGAGCCCCCCAGCAAGAGGGUCAUGCCGUUCGUCCAACUGCCCUGGAUGGCCAAUUCGGGGCUCGGCCUAUUCUGGUUCACGUUCGCCCUACAGCUCUACACGGCUCCCUUCUGCAGCUACUCCACCCUCUUCGUGGAGUUCUUCUACCUCGCAGUCAUGCUGCACCUUUCCGCCCAGUUCAGGGUCCUCGGCAGCCGCUUUGCGAGCCUAGGACGGUCCCCAGCACCCAAAGCUAAAGCUGGGACCGAAUCGGAUCUGGCGACAGCGGACUCCAAUGCGGUGUACGAUGAACUGCGUCUGUGUGUCGAAACGCAUCAGGAACUCCUCAGGUUCGUCAGGUUCCUGGACGACGUGAUGAGUCCGUUCGCCAUGAUGCAGUUCGUCGCUGGGACGCUGGCCGUUUGUGUCGUGUUGUUCCAGGCAGCAAAUAACCAGGACCUGAACACCAACCUGAAGUGUGCCGGAUGGUUGCCGGGGCCAUCGCUUGAGCUCUUCAUCUACUGUGGGGGCGCUCACGAGGUCGUGCAUGAGGGAGAGGCACUGGUAAUGGCAGCGUAUGACAGCCUCUGGUACACUGUGGGCCCCCGCAUAGGACGGGCCAUCCGGAUGGUGAUAACACGAGCGCAGGUGCCGCCUGUCCUCACCGCUGGACAUCUCUACCCCAUCACCAGGCCCACCUUCGUGUCGCUCGUGAACGCAGCCUAUUCGUACUACGCCCUGCUCAGCCAGAUGCAGAACAAGUGA